AUUUUGUUGACAAACCGUUCGUUCGUGCGUUGUACUUCUUGUUUUUGUUCGUUUUCUUACAUUUUGUUAUUUUAUAUUUGUAUUUAUUUGUUAAAAUUAAAAGUGCAACAGGAUGGCAAUGCGAGAUUAUACAGCCGACAAAGAGGCUUUGAAGAACUUCUUUGUUGAUUUCUGCCAGACUGAUGAUGAAGGACAUAAACUAUUUAAAUAUGCGGAGCAGCUUACUAAAGUAGCUCAUCGAGAACAGCUGGCAUUUGUGGUGGAGUUAGACGAUCUGCAUGAGGUGAACGAUGAGCUAGCUGAGGCAGUGCGGCAGAACACGCGGCGGUACGCCAACAUGGUUUCCGAUGUUGUCUACGAGAUGCUGCCUGAUUAUAAACAUAGAGAGGUGGUUGCCAAAGAUGCCCUGGAUGUGUACAUUGAGCACCGGAUCAUGUUGGAGGCGCGAAACCACAGGAUCCCUGGAGAGAUGAGGGACCCUCGCAAUAGAUACCCUCCAGAACUCAUCCGCCGAUUUGAGGUAUACUUCAAGGAUAUGUCCAAUAGCAAGACCAUGCCCAUCAGAGAGGUGAAAGCCGAGCAUAUUGGGAAGUUGGUGACUGUUAGAGGCAUAGUAACGCGCUGCACAGACGUGAAGCCCCUGCUAGUGGUAGCGACAUACUCGUGCAGCGCGUGUGGCGCGGAGACGUACCAGCCGGUGCGGUCGCUGCAGUUCACGCCGCCGGCCGCCUGCUCCGCCGACGAGUGCCGCCUGAACAAGACUGCUGGACAACUACACUUACAGACUAGAGGCUCGCGCUUCCAGAAGUUUCAGGAACUGAAGAUUCAGGAGCAUUCGGACCAAGUCCCAGUGGGCCACAUCCCGCGCCAGCUGUCAGUGUACUGCCGCGGGGAGACGACGCGGCGCGCGCAGCCCGGCGACCACGUGGCGGUCACCGGGGUGUUCCUGCCGCUGCUCAGCUCGGGCUUCCGACAGGUCGUGCAGGGGCUGCUCUCCGACACAUACCUCGAGGCUCAUGCCGUAUCCUGCCUUAACCAAAGCGACGAGAGCGAGAUGGCGGAGGCGCUAACGGAAGAAGAGUUGGCAGAGUUAGCCGAGGAGGACCUGUACUCCCGUAUGGCGCGCAGCCUGGCGCCCGAGAUAUACGGACACGAAGAUGUUAAGAAGGCGUUAUUGCUGUUAUUAGUCGGCGGGGUUGACAAGCGUCCAAACGGCAUGAAGAUCCGCGGCAACAUCAACAUCUGCCUGAUGGGCGACCCGGGCGUGGCCAAGUCCCAGCUGCUCAACUACAUCGACCGGCUCGCGCCGCGCAGCCAGUACACCACCGGCCGCGGCUCCUCCGGCGUCGGCCUCACUGCCGCCGUCAUGAAGGAUCCGUUCACGGGCGAGAUGAUGCUGGAGGGCGGCGCGCUGGUACUCGCGGACCAGGGCGUAUGCUGCAUCGACGAGUUCGACAAGAUGGCCGAGACAGACCGCACUGCCAUCCACGAGGUUAUGGAGCAACAGACCAUCUCCAUUGCUAAGGCGGGUAUUAUGACGUGCCUGAACGCCCGCGUGUCGAUCCUGGCGGCGGCCAACCCGGCGUAUGGCCGGUACAACCCCAAGCGCACCAUCGAGCAGAACAUACAGCUGCCGGCCGCGCUGCUCUCGCGGUUCGACCUGCUCUGGCUCAUACAGGACAAACCUAACCGCGAGAAGGACUUGGAGCUAGCGAAGCACAUAGCGUAUGUGCACCAGCACUCGUCGCAGCCGCCUAGCGAGACGCGCGCGCUGCCCAUGCGGCUGGUACGCCGCUACGUCGCCCUCACCAAGCGGAAACACCCCUUCGUGCCCGAAGCACUCGCCGAGUACAUCGUCUCAUCGUACGUGGAGCUCCGUCGCGAGGCCCGCAACGCUCGUGACGUCACAUUCACCUCUGCCAGAAACCUGCUCGCUAUCCUGCGACUGUCCACUGCUUUAGCUCGGCUGAGGUUGUCAGACGUAGUGGAGAAGGAAGACGUGACGGAGGCCAUCCGUCUAGUGGAAAUGUCCAAGCAGUCUCUGCAACACGUCGACGAUAAUGUGCAGAGGGGUAUCAGUGCUACGGACCGCAUCUUCGCCAUCGUCCGCGACGUAGCUGGCUCCAGCAAGACGGUCAAGAUAGCCGACGUCAUUGAGCGUUGCGUGGAUAAGGGCUUCAAGCCUGAUCAAGUCGACGCUUGCAUUGAAGAGUAUGAAAACUUGAACGUAUGGCAAGUGAACCAAGUUCGAACCAAGAUUACCUUUAUGUAACCCACCGCCUAUCACAGUCUACGUACCUACAUAUAAGUGUGAUUUUACAAUGUAGUAAUUAAGGCUCUAUUGUAAUGUAGUAGUAAGGAAACGUGUGCCUGCAUAAGAUAAUUGUUUCAAUUAAUUGAUCUGCAUUUUGUAUUGACUUGAUAUGAUGAAUGUUGAAUUUAAUAAACGUA